AGGAUAAGGCCCCCCCGUCGCGUUUGCGGACCGAGUGGGCGAGAGCAACACCAUGGUGUGACACGAUGAUGGACCUCCACCCUGAAGUCUCCGGGGAACACGCUGAGAUCGAUGCUUUUAUAAAACUCCAAGUGGCCACCGGAGGCGCUGUUAUGCUAUAUAUUAUAACCCCCGCCCCCCCCCCCCCCCCCCCUCCCCCACCUUCACCCACCCACAGUGGGCAGAAAGACUACUUUGUAUUUUUACCUGAACGGUGCUGCUGCCAACUCAGGGUCCAACUCACCCUGGUCUCCACAGGAGGUCUGCUCCUCGCUGAAGGAGACGAGGCCGAUCGACCACCUCCUCCUCCUCCUCCUCCUCCUCCUCCUCCUGCCCCUGAAGAGUGCCUCCAUGGGUGGAAUGUACAGAACUCUGGGCCUCCACCCUCCCAGCGGGGUGGAGCGGGUGGAGCAGGCGGUGAUGGGACAUGAAUGUGCCUGUGAUUUAAAACGUGUGUUUAGAAGCCAAGGUGCCAGCGGUCUGGCCUUAUACAAUUAUGAUCUGUUACCUUUUAUGUUUCGGGGCUUUGGUUUGCUUCACGUCAACUGUUGGCGAGCUGUUUGACUACCGAUGGUGGCUAAGGGCCAUGGUGGCCGCCUCUUCUUGGUAUGAUCGGCUGAUGGCACUCAGAUGGCCGCUUCUCCCCUGGUAUGAUCGGCUGAUGGGUUCUGCUUUACAUGUUUGGCUUUGACCAAAAAUUUACUGUAGUUGCAACAAAUUAACUUAUUUGUCAACAACCUCUUCUAAAGAGAAAGUGAGAAAAUCAAUAGAAAAGAAAAAAUGUACUCUAUCGAUCGCUAGUUCUGUUCAACUAUAUCUUCUUUUGUUUAUACAUAUUGGAUUUGAAUCAAUUAAAUUAUCCACAUUUUAUUUUAAGGGCGGUAAUUGUGAUUAAGUUACUAAUGAAAAUCUGUUGUGUUUCCCCCAAAUUCCUACUGUGUUACCCUAAUACAUUAACAGUAUGGACAGGAAUUAAAUUACUUAUAAUUGGACAUCAGGGCAUUUAAUGACCAACUGGCCAAAGAAUACAUUUGUUUCGGGAAUGAAAAGGUUUAGUUUCUGUGUGAGGACCACAGAAGGUUACAUGUGAAACAACAGAAGGUUACAUGUGAAUCAACAGAAGGUUACAUGUGAAUCAACAGGGCUUUGACAAUGUUUUGCUGUUUGGCACUUUUGUAAAUAUAUAUAUAUAAUGAAAGCAUGGAGUGUCGUCAUAGUUUUUCCCCCUUUAAAUCAGAACAGAACCAAUAGAUCCCCUCUUCUACAGUAUAUGCGUCCAGUUAGUGAUUCACUGUAAGGGUUUCAUUCAUAAAGUCUAGAGCUCAUUCAUCUCUGAAAGGCUUCCACAAGCAUAAGCCCCAACAUCAAUAUUGGAACAAUGAAAAAACGAAACGUUGCUUUUAUUAAGAGGCGCCAUAACCAACGUGUCCGACAUUUAAUUAACUCCCUGUGAAUAUCUUUAAAUAGCCCGUCCAUUACCCCGGGAGCAGAGCUCCAACAGUCAGAAUUAUAGGUCACAAAAGUGAAUUGAUUUGGAGCUGCAAUUUAUUCCCUCCCCGCGCAUUGGUCCGACCGUCGUGACCUAUGGCCGCCCGACACCCAUUAACCACUGCUCUGCUUGGGGCAGCCGGAGCUCCCCGCCCCUGAGAGUAUAAAGACAGGGAGCACGGUCCUGACCGGCAGACCCCCGACCUCCGGAUAACCAUCGACUUUCCGAGACCCAGCGGUCCACACGGAUACAGAAAGGCCUGCUCCUUAUCAACGGCGGCCAUGAGAGGGUUAAGGAAAGUGACUUUAGCCCACCUGCUCUCCAUCCUGCUGCUGGCGACGCUCGUCUCGCGUUCGUGGAGCGCGCCGAAGAGUUCUUUCCAGAGGAGGAACUGGACUCCGCAGGCGAUGCUGUACCUGAAGGGAACACAGGGCAGGCGGUUCAUCUCAGAAGACGGGAAGGAAGGAGACGUGUACGACACGUUGCACUUGGAGAGCCAGGGGGGCCUGAGCCCGGAGAAGCAGAGCGUGGACCAGGCCGCCGCCCUGCUGCUCAGCUUCCUGCAGACGCUGAAGGACCAAGCCAACGAAAACGCCAACCAGCUGUCCUUCCAGGACCUUCCGGUGUGGAAGCGGGAAUACUUCUGAUGGAGGCGCGUCUGAAACGGCUCAAGACCAUCCCUGAUUGGGUGUUUAUAAUACUGCGUGCUGCGAUGGGAAGAGAAGACGUUUUGUAAAUACUCGUGCUCGGAUGAUGAUUGUUUGACGUGUUGUUUUAAUAAAAACGAGUUUGAAUUCA